GUCACACACACAGACACAGCUCAGAGUGGUGGGUGGGAGGGGAGGAGCCUGUGCCUGGUAAGGUUGAGCUGUUUACAGUUUGGGUUUAUAGUGCAGCAGAUGGGGGCCGUCCCUACAGUGAAGGAAUAGGGUGGGCAGACAGCAGACAGGGACUGAGAGAGGGAAAGAGAGAGGGUGUUACAGUGUGGGUACACAUGUAUUCUUCAUGGGGCAGGCUUGAUGUAACUGCAGGCUGGAGCUUAGUCAUUUUUCACUGUCGUCUGCCACAGCUGCUACAGUGCAGCACAUGUCUGCCUGAGGAAAGCACCAGCCUCAGUUGAACUGUAUACUGCAGCUGAAAAAGGAGCACAUUGUUUAACACAUAUUUGAUGGUAAAAAAGGCAUCAGUAAGAGGCUUUAAUGUAUCUUAUAUUGUCUAGGCAUGGAUGCCUCUGGAGAUACUUUUGAAUAGAGCUUUCUUGUGCAUCAUGGUCCAGCAAAAACACUCUAUAGCCAUGGACAGAGAUUCAACCCAAGAAGUGUUUGUGAGACUGGGAGCCGAGGAUGUUGAUGAGGUAUUUAGGCACGACCCAUCCAACAAAGACCCCAACUGGUGCAGAACUCCUACUGGGCACAUCAAGAGACCCAUGAAUGCAUUUAUGGUCUGGUCUCAAAUCGAGAGACGGAAGAUCAUGGAGCAGUGGCCUGACAUGCACAAUGCAGAGAUCUCCAAGCGCCUUGGAAAACGCUGGAAACUCCUGCCAGAUUAUGAGAAGAUACCAUUCAUCAAGGAGGCAGAGAGGCUGCGUCUAAAACACAUGGCUGACUACCCUGACUAUAAGUAUCGUCCCAGGAAAAAAAGUAAGUGUUCAUUGCCUGCCAAAGAAAAGCUCCCACUGAAAGCCAGCAAGUCUUAUUCAGGUCGAUCAGCCAGCUUCACCAGUAAAGCGUUUAAAAUUAAACCAACCUCCUCCCAACAAAAACUGAAUUGCAGUGGCAAUAAAUAUAAGAGCUAUAAUGAGAGCAUGAGUGAUGAUGACACAGUGGAUGUAAAUCUGGCAAGUCCAGUAACUAUGCAAGAUGAUCAGACCCAGACCACUCUUGUUCUCCAGCAUCAGCCUAUUACCAUUCCCCCCAUGAACCAGCAACCUAGACUAUCUCAGCUCAGAGUCAAAGUGCCCAGCAGCCUCCAGAGUUCCUCUUCUGACAAUGGCUCUCAGGUACUCAGAAAAGUUGUGGUGUCUGAGUUGCAAGAAUCUAACUCUGCAAGAUCCUCCACACCAACUUCCACCAGCUCUUCCUUUGUGUCAUCUGUUUCUUCAGAUGAGGAACUGGAAGAGGAAAUCUUGCAUAUCAUAUCUAAUACAAACUUUGAAAACAUUCCUAUGGACUGCUCAACUCUGGACAAGGACUUUGAAGCAUUUCAUGCCAACUCAGGAUCCCACUUUGACUUUCCAGACUACUGCACUCCUGAGGUGAAUGAGAUGAUUUUUGGGGACUUACUAGUACCAAGUAUCUCUGACCUGGUGUUUACCUACUGAGUUUGAGGCCAGGUUGAUUAUUGUUGGCAGACAUAUUUGCCAGUGGGAAAACUAGUGGUCUUGAUCAUGUUAAAUCUAUGUUUCUGACUCUGGACAGUUCUAUUUCCAUUAUUAUAUUUCUUUAUCGAUUCCGUAAGUGCUAUUGCUUUUGUUUUCAAGCGUGACACAUCUUAUUGGCUCAGGAAAAGCCAGCAAAGGGGUUUGCAGAUACUUUAAGUAUUCAGUCACUUGAGGCUCAGUUUCAGAGAAAAAGCAGACAUUCAUUACAGACAGCAUCAUAGCAGGUUGCAAAAAGGUCAAAAGCAGCAAAGGUGUAAUUCUUUGUGACAGGAGACAAAGUAUUAAAAUCAAGUUAGAAAUAUUCCAGGGUUUUGUCAGAGUAUACAACAUUUUAAUGUCCCUGGACUGCAGGAUUGCAGCACAAUCAGUGCCAGCCUUUUUUAGCACUCUAAAUUUCAUGACUGAUCAUGAGCAUUUCUGUUCUACCCAAACAACAUAUUUUGUGAAUAGGAAGCUAUGUUAAGUGAUCAUCUGGUGUGAAGCAAAUCUGUAGCACUUGAUAAGCAUACGGCCUAUCACUUGGAGAAAAAACUUGGAGAAACCUGCCAGACAGAAAUCACUGCAAACACUGUCAAAACAUUGAUUUCCUUUUCUUUAAUUGAUUAGCAGGACUUUCAGUGCCUCACUAAUGUUGCAAGACUAGCAAUGCAGGUGCGAUUUAAAAGCUCCCCUGCACUGUCCAUGCAUGUCAUUGUGUGCCUGGUCAGGCUGAGAAUGAAAGAUACCUAGAGGAGUUUUUAGGAUAGGGUAGGGGGCUGGGGACCUUUCUUCUGGGAGCUGUGCAUCUGGCCAUGCAGACAACAGUUAUUGUGCAGAACAUCAAGGAGGGGAAGUGAAUGGGUUUGUGAUGAUGGUGGGGAGGGUAUCCAGCCCAAGUCUGUAAAUGCAUGUGAUGUCUGCAGUGUUGCUACAGCUGCCUUGAUCAGGGUUAGAAAUCUGUGUCUGCCAGCUGGCCCCACUGACUCUCUCAGGGAUUGUUUGUCUAGGUCCUAGUGCAUCCUUUACAUAAUUCAUUUGUGAUAAUCCUUGUGUGUAGGUGUACAUGACUGUGUGUGUGAGUUUUUCUCUUUUGAAAAGCCAGCUGGGAUGACUGAGUGCACUGGUUUCUUGCUGCUUUUAAAAUGAGACUCUUUUUCUCAACUAACACCCAUGCUCUUACUAAUUUCAGCUUGGUGCUAUUUUCCUCUCACCAUCAGCUAUCCCAUCAGUUGUUGACACAACAGACAGGUCUUACAUGGAUAAUGUCAUUCAAUGCCUGCCACCUCUGCGAAGAUGCAGAGACAUGUGACGCAGGAGCAACAAGCCAAGUAAAAAAGGGUGGCUCAAUCAAAUGAGCUUGUUUUUAGAUUAGCCUCAUUUGCUCAGGAUGCAUAAUGACAUGUCAACCUGCAGGUCCACUGGGUGUUUUUUUUUUUUUACUGUGGUCCCUACAAAAAACAGCCUGAAUGGUUCAAAAUCACAUAAAAUGUAUGACCACCACUUUUUCAUUAGUUUCACAGUUUAAUUUUUCAUAGAGUUUCACUAUUCUUAGAACUACAGUAGCAAUGCAGUAUGAUUGUUAAUUGAUGCCACAUCCAUGAUGAAAGGUUAUAUGUUUUAAAAUAAUUCAGGUAUCCAUAGUUGUGAACUGUGAGUGGAACAUGAUUUGAGGAAAUAUAAGAGAAACUUCAAGAACAAAUGCAUGAUCAGAGGCCUUCAAUUAUCCUUAUACACAGUCCCCUCCAAAACUACGGGAACAGCAAGGCCAAUUCAUUUGUGUUUGCUGUAGACUGAAGACAUUUGAGUUUGAGAUUAAAAGACAAAUAUGAGUAGAGAGUUUAGAAUUUCAGCUUUUAUUUCCUGGUGUAUAUACACGCAGAUGUAUUAAACAACAUAGAACAUAGCACAUUUUUUAUCAGAUCACCCAAUCUGCAGGCAAGCAAAAAUAUUGGAACAAGUGACUCACAGGUGCCUGUUAGAUUGAUUGUUUAAACAAUAGCUCUGAAUGUCUGGUUUUAGCCUUCAGUUUCACCUGUGAAGACUGCACUUCUUGUUAAAAAAGAUAAGCCAACAUGAAAAUCAGAGAGCUGUCUCUGGGAGAAAAGCAAGCCAUUUUGAAGCUGAGAAAAGAAGCAAAAUCUAUCAGAGGCAUUGCACAAACAUUGGGCAUAGCUAAUGCAACAAUUUGGAAUGUCCUGAAAAAGAAAGAAACCACUGGUGUACCAACAACUAGACAUCGAGCAGGUCAGCCAGUGAAAACAACAGCUGAUGACAGAAACAUUACAAGAGCUGUGAAGAAAAACCCAAAAACAAGAGUCACUGACCUCACCAACAACCUCCACAGGGCAGGGCUGAAGGUAUCACAAUCAAACAUUCAAAGAAGACCUUGAGAGCAGAAAUAUAGAGGCCAUACCAAAAGAUGCAAACCAUUCAUCAACAGUAAGAAUCAGAAAGCCAGAUUGGAAUUUGCAAAGAAAUACAGAGAUGAGCCACAAAAGGUCUGGAACCAAGAUUAGCCUCUACCAAAGUGAUGAAAAAGCCAAACUGUGGAGAAAGAAAGGAUCUGCUCAUGAUCCAAAACAUACAAGCUCAUCUGUGAAACAUGGUGGAGGUAGUGUCAUGGCUUGGGCUUACAUGGCUGCUUCUGGAACAAGCUCGCUAAUUUUUAUUGAUGAUGUAACUCAUGCUAGUAGCAGCAGAAUUAAUUCAGAAGUUUACAGGAACAUUUUGUCUGCCAAUUUGCAGAGAAAUGCAUCCAAAUUAAUCAGGAGGAACUUUAUCAAGCAGCAAGACAAUGAUCCAAAACACACUGCCAACUCAACAAACAACUUUAUUAGGGGGAAAAAGUGGAAGAUUUUAGACUGGCCAAGUCAAUCCCCAGACCUUAACCCAACUGAGCAUGCGUUUCACCCCCUGAAGAGGAGACUGAAGGGAGAAGCCCCCAAAACUAACAACAACUGAAAAAGGCUGUAGUAAAAGACUGGCAAAGCAUCAUAAAAGAAGAAACCAAUAAUUUGGUGAUGUCACUGAGUCGCACGCUUGAUGCAGUCAUUGGAAGCAAGGGAUAUGCAAUUAAAAUAUUAAGUGUUAUUUACUUUAAUUUACUUCAAGACUUCUCUGUUCCUAUACUUUUGCUCGCCUAAAAAUUGAGUGGUCUGAUAUAAAAGGUUCAAUGGUUUAUCUUGUUUAACACAACUAGAUGUAAAUACCAGGAAAUAAAAGCUGAAAUCUUAAACUCUCGUCUUAUAUCCAUCUUUUUGUCUCAAACCCAAAUGAAUUUUUUUGCCAUUCCAAUAGUUUCAGAGGGGACUGUAGCUAUAUUUUGUCCACUACAUGCUGUAGAAUAGAACAAGGCAGAACAAUCUGUCUUUGAUACAUGUACAAUAAGGAAAGAUUUAGGCAUGGCAUCUGUGAUAUGAUCAAAAUGUUAGAAAUAAUGCUGGAAUCUGAAUUAUGUAAAAUACUGUGUACAUGAUUAAUUGAUUAAUCGUGAUAUGCACUGGUGGAUUAAGCAUGAAUGCAAAGGCAUUGGUGAAGCAAAAUGCUAACUGGUUGUAUGAAACUGAAUCCAUACUUUACCUGAAAAAAGCAAAUGUGACUUAGAAAGGGUUUUGUGGCUACAACUAUCAGGGAAAAUGUUCAGCUGUUUCCUUCUACACAAAUUCUGCACAUUUAUGAGUGCCUCAAAGUUUAUAUAAUUCAGUGGUAUGAGCAGGGAUAGUUGCAUAAACAUACUUUCAAACAAAUAUGCCAGUCAAACAUAUAUGCAUGCAUAUGUAAUAUACACAAUACACACUGAAAAAAUACAAAACUAUCAAACACCAGCAAUCAAAAUAAACUCAGGACUGUUAUCAUCAUUUCACCGUAGAACUGCACUGUCCCUGUUUUGAUUUCAGCCAUUACUAAUAUGUUAAUAUGAAGGACAUUCACAAUCAUAGAUUCAUUUGAAUUCGUAGAUUCAAAAUGUAAUUUGCAAAAGUGACAAAUUUUCAAAUAUGAACUCUUUGAAAUAUUAAAUAUUCCAAAAGGCAUGGUUCAGUUUUUUUAGGCUGUAAAAUUUUUCAACUGUAAAUAAAACAUUUAUUUAAUCAUUAACAAAAUGUUUUAAUUUUUUUAAUCAUUGACAAAAUGAUCUUUGUAGUAACUUUAAAAAUGUCUCUGGAUUAUUUAGUCAAACACUGAACAAUUUAAUAUAUUAUUUUACAAUAUUUCUGAUUUGUUUAUUUAUUCAGCAUUUUAGCAACAGUGUCAGAAAAUGGUCAGACACUUCACAGAUGGGCUUGGCAAAUUAGUGUCAGAAUGAUAAAUGAAAAAAAAAGAAGCAGUAUAUAAAUGAAGCAGUGUAACAAAAAAAAGCCCAUCUGGUCCACACCUCCUACUCUUGGCUAGCUCUCGAUGAAUAGCAUUCUCAGAGACAGAAACACAUGGACAAUGCUAAUUUCACACAGGCUGCAAUCAGCUUCAGUCAGACUGUCAUAAAUGGAGCAUGUGGUAUGAUUCCAUAUCACAGCAUAUCAGUCAACCAGAAACUCAUUGUGUAAGGAUUGUCUGAAUGAGCUAUAUUCCACAGUCUGGUCUCAGAGUCUCACUAUGAUUUCACUGCGUUAUGCCUAAUUGGUAGGUAUAUAAUGUGGUUUACUGUUCAAUAAUCACAUAGAUUACACCACCACAGAUUUGCAUUGUUGGUAUUCAGAAUGCUGAGUAAUAUAAUCUUCCAUGGAAAACAAUGAGGUCAGUACAGGAUGAGCCAUGAGUAGAUGAUAUUGUACUUUACCCAUCAUUUACAGUAACAAACUGAAGUACAAUACAACCACAAUACCUCAUAUAACAGUACAAAUUGUUUACAGGACUUAAGGUUUCUUCACAUCUUUGUUUUCUUUUGAAUCUGAGUGUUAUUAAAUAGGUUUUCUUUUGACUUUGACUGUCAUUAUGCAUGGAUGUUUUUCACCCAUUCAUAGAUAUCUUGGGUCAUUAGUGAACCAGCACUUACAGUAUUUCUAACACAAAUUCUUCUACAAACUUCAGAAAUAGUAUACAACUCGCAAAGCAUUUUAUUGACAAUAAUUAAUAACAAAUUUGCUUUUAUUUUUAUGUUUUUUUUGUUACUUAUACAAUGCAUAAUGUACAGUGUAAAAAUUGACUGUCAAUUUUAUAGUAAUUUGCCGGCAACAGAGCUGCAAAUAAAGUAUUGUAAUAUUACAAUAUUGCAAAUAAAAUAUUUGUAUUCUGUAAUCCAAAGCCUUACCCACUGAGCCACCAUAACAUGCAUUGAGUUAAUGCAAUCUUUUAUUGUGAAUUAAUUCAGUGGUGGAGGUGGUUGAAUCAAUAUGAGUUAGUUGAGCUAGUUGUGGUGGCUCAGUGGUUAACGCUUUAAGUUACUGAUGAGAAGGUUUGGGUUCAAAUCCAAACACAGCCAACCUUCCAGGGUUGGGUCCAUGAGCAAGACCCUUAACAUUCAACUCUGUUGUAUCUUGUAACAAUUGUAAAUUGCUCUUUUUAAAGAGUCAGCCAAAUAAACAAAUGUACUUGAUUAUGUGUUAUUUUAUACGAUGUAAUAUAUUACAGUACUUUACUGUAAGUAUGUUUACAGUUGUUUAUUGUAACUUUUGUACAGUAAAUUACUGGAAAAUUUACAGUCAGUUUUUUACAGUGAUACUAUAAAUGAGCUUAUGGGUAUCUAGUGACCCAAGGUACACAUUUAAGGUUUAAUAGAACAUACAGUAUAUCCUAUUUCUCAAAUGCAUGUACUUAGUGCUACAAUAAGAAACUUACUUUGAAAUGGUUCCUCUGAUAAGAUUAAAGAUCAUUUUAAUUAAAGAUCAUAUUGCCAAGAUGCAUUGCACAUGCCAUGUAGUUUCAUGUAGCAUGAUCAUUUAAAUUUUUUUCCAAAUCAAAUGACAGACCAAUGAUAUAUUGCAAAGUUCAAAAGAAUAUUUUCAUAAAAGCAUAAAAAUCCAGUUCUACCUUGCAAUCACCGCUUGCAGUCAGCUUGACAAAGCAUUGAUUUUACACCAUAUCCCGUUUAGUAAACCAUAUCACCAUAUUUUUGGCUAUGUAAGGGCCUGACAGAGGCUCAUUCAACAUUUUGAUACCCUGAAGGAAUAUGAUAUGCUGAUUUUCCAAAAAUGUGUGAUUUACGUGGGCAUUUCCAGUAGUUUAUAUAUACCAGCAUCAGCUUAAUACAGUGACAUGCAUCCGGUGAAAAAAAGACACAUCAACCAUCUUUAAUUUGAGUGAAUCUAACUUUAGCUAGUUCAGCAUUCAGUAUAAUUGCUGCAUAACUGACAAUAAUAUCUAGUUCAUAAAUCAGUUUCCUCAAUUUAUUGUGUGCUAUCUUAUUAUGUGAUAAGAAUCUUAGACAAGAAGCUUAGUAUAUGUUCAUUUUUCAGUUGAUUAGGUUAACUAUCCUCAUUUUAUGUGUGCAGCUGAUGUUUUAGUCAGCUACAGAACAGUCCCAUGUGUCUGAACAUGUAUACUGUAUGUGGGAAGAAAUGAAAGCACUUUGCUGUACAUAACAAAUGUAGAUCUGUACACUGCAGUUUCUUGUUUUAAAUAGUUAUAAGUUUUGGGCUCAUCAAUAAACCAAAUAUUUCAG